CUCGAGGAGUUGCGUAACUUGUUACCCCUGUCCCCUUUGCGGUGCAUCUAUAGAGUUCCUGAGCGACUACGGCAGGGAAAUGAGAAAGCAUACACACCUCAAGUAAUCUCCAUAGGCCCACUUCACCAUGGCAAGGAAUACUUAAAAGCCAUGGAAGAGCACAAAAAAAGGUACCUGCGACAUUUUCUAAGUCGAACUGGGGUAAGCUUCUUUGAUUAUAUACAAAUGAUAAAGGAGCAAGAGGGAAGGUUGCGAGGUUUUUAUGCAGAAUCCAUUGAGUUUAGCAGUGAUCAAUUUGUAAGAAUUGUUUUAGUGGAUGCUGCCUUCGUCAUUGAGUUCUUAUUGAGGAACUAUUCUGUAAAUUUUCGAGGUGAAGAUGAUUACAUUUUUAACAAACCAAUGAUGAAGCGGGAUGUGCGUCCAGACUUGCGGUUGCUUGAAAAUCAGCUGCCAUUCUUCAUUCUUCAGGUUCUUUUCAACACAACCUUUUCUUCUGCGAAUCAGCAGCCUUCGUUACUUAAAAUUUCCUAUUUUUUUAUCAAAGGCGUAAUCUAUAGCAGGGAAAAAGAAGACAAUUUUGACAAAAUAUGUUCUUCUGGAGCCGCACCCAACAUCACAGAGCUACUCCAGGCUGGAGUCAAGUUUAAGGCAGGAACCCACCACAGCUUAUUUGACAUAAAAUUCUCUGGUGGGAUCCUUGAAAUUCCGAAGAUAACAAUAAAUGAUACCACAAAUAUGACAGUCAGAAAUCUACUUGCUUUUGAACAAUGCCAUACUAAAGAGGCAAAUUACCUAACUAAUUAUGUUUUCCUCAUGAAGCGUCUCGUGAAAACCCCAAGGGAUGUGGAAUUGCUUGUUGAGUAUGGAAUUAUUGAAAAUUGGCUAGGUGAUACCAAGAAGAUAUCUACUUUGCUCCAUGACCUUGGCACUAGGGUCAUCGUUAGCAACCACUAUUAUGCCAUUCUUUGUGAAGAUCUGAACAACUACUGCAGAACUCCCAGGCACAAAUGGAUGGCAAAUUUGAGACAAAAUUAUUUUAACUCGCCUUGGACGAUUAUUUCUGUUGUUGCAGCUCUUAUUCUCCUCAUACUCACUUUCAUACAAACUGUGUGCUCUAUCAAAUCUACUGCUUAAGCACCAACGACCGCAAGUGUCUCCUUCUCCGGAGGAUUUGCAAGUCUCUCCUUCACCGUAUCCUCCGUAUCCUUACAAGUCUAGCCUAGUCUUUGAGAGUACAGAGUUUGCAUUAGCAAUCUCAGGUUUCCUUGAAGUGAGUGUAAUAGGUGUUCCAACAAAAUAAAGUAUUGAAUUGUGGAUUUUAUGUUGGUUGUAUUUUUUCCACAAGAAGU